AGAGAAGCCAGUUUACGCUUGAGACCGCUGGUGACUGGAGAUGUCGGACGACCACAAUGAAAACUCGCCGGUGGUGCAGACGACGCAUGGAAAAGUGCAGGGAACUCGCCUAAACGGUCUCUAUGAUAAUCAGUUCUACGCUUUUGAUGGCAUCCCAUAUGCAGUUCCUCCCCUUGGAACUCUGCGCUUUAAGGAGCCGCAUGAUCUUAAGCCAUGGCAUGGGGUUCGAGAUUGCUCCAAGCCGUUGGACAAGUGCCUCCAAGUGAGCUCCUAUACCAAGUUGGUGGAGGGCUCCGAGGAUUGUCUUUAUUUGAACAUCUCUGUGAAAACUCUGAUCGGCGAGCCAAUUCCCGUGAUGGUCUAUAUUCACGGAGGUGGUUUCAAGGGCGGCGACUCAUCGAGGAAAGCAUGGGGUCCCGACUAUUUCAUGAAUGAAAACGUUAUGUAUGUAAGCAUUGGGCAUCGUCUGGGACCUUUAGGUUUUCUGAGCUUUGAUGAUCCUUCUCUUGAAAUUCCUGGCAAUGCUGGGCUCAAGGACGUAAUCCUGGCUCUCCAGUGGAUCAAGGCUAAUGCUGCCAACUUCAAUGGUGAUCCCGAUAGAAUUACUAUCUUUGGCCACAGCUCCGGCAGCUUGACCGUUCAGCUUCUUUUGGCCAGUCCCCGAACAGAAGGACUCUUCCACAAGGCCAUACUUUUAGCGGGUUUUUCCAUGGAGGUGAAUCGCCUGCCCCAACUGGAAUACCGCCUGGCCAAGCAUUUGGGCUACGAAGGGGAGAAUGUAGACAGCCAGGUUUUGGAGUUCCUUUUGAAGGCGGAUCCACAACUACUCGUCUCAGCGGACUUCUUAACCGGCGCAGAGAAGGGUCAAGGCAUGACCUUCCGGCCCAACAUAGAGAACUACCCCACUCCGAAUGCUGUUCUCCUGGCGGAGCCCGUUGACCUCCAGCGAACGUCGUGGAGCAAUCGCAUCCCCAUUAUCUUGGGCGCCAACAGUGGCGAGGGCUUAAGUAGCAUGCACUUCGUGAAACUGAACCCUAAAUGGCUGAAGGAGUUCCAGCACAAUCCGGAGUGCGCGUUGCCUUGGACUCUGAGGAGUCGCUGUGAUCCCGGCCAGCGGCGUCAGUUGGGCCAGGAGCUGAUCCAUCACUUCUGCCAGGCACAUGGACACGAGCUGACUGCGAGUCACGCAAAAGCAUUCGUGGACCUCUUCACCCACUCCAUGGUUCAUGCCAUGGACCGACUAAUUCAGUCCAGAUUGACCUAUGGCCAGGCGCCCACCUAUCUGUACCGCUUCGAUUUCGAUUCGCCCGACUUCAACUUCUACCGGAUUCGCUUUAUGGGAAAGGAGCAGCGAGGAGUCGGUCACGUGGACGAGCUGGGAUACAUUUUCGUUAUUCCGGCCACCUUCAAAUUGGACAAAUCCCGACCUGAGUUCACCGCCAUCGGGCGUAUGAUGGCCAUGUUUGUGCAAUUCGCCGCCACCUCGGAUCCCAAUGGACCUCUCACUACGCCCCUGGUGGAAUGGAAACCCGUCGCUCGAUUUGGGAAGCGAAUGGUCCUCAACAUCAGCGAGGAAUUAAAGUGUAUCCCUCAGCCAGAAAUGCCGAAGUUAAAGUUCUUCGAUCGGCUAUUCGAAAUGGCUGGCGUGCCUUUAUUUUAAGAAAUACCAUCUGAUUUAAAUCGUAUUAAUGAGUUUUUAUACACUUGGUAAAACUUUCAGAACUGCAUUUAAAGUAUUUUUUCAUUUAAAAU